AUGAUCGAGCCUUUGGGUUCAUUGGGCAUUCAACCGAACCUCCACCCGGCCUCUGUGCUAUCUGGAUGGCAAGAUAUUAGUAGCUUUAUCAUCUAUCUUUGCCUCCGAAUCUCCAAAGAGCGGCCACCUACCUUUGGAAUAACCAUCGAACCGGUUCACCCUAUUCAGAGGACCAGCCUCAUCACGCUAUACUACAGCGACAAUGUAGCACCCCGUUGCUCUAAUACUUUGCCCCAGGAGUGCGCGAAUAUUGUUCAAAGAAUUCAAGUGGAGGAACACUUGGGUCAGCUCACGGCUGACGAGCGUCAAGCCCAUCACUGA